AUGAUUACUAUGGAAUUACAUAAAGGAAAUGUUUAACUACUCAGCGUUCCUUAAAAUAAAAACAUAUUCAACACACGUAAAUAUACAGUAAAUAUACUUAUCUAUAAUCAAUUCUUUAGCUCCUCAAUUUUCUACCCAAAACACUCUAUACAGGAUUAGUCAGAUUUGGUAACAUCUAUUUACUUGCCAUAUCAUUAAUUAUGCUCAUAGAUCCAAGUCUUUCCCCAUUCUACCGUUGGAUCACUAUCUUUCCAAUUGGAAUCAGUGUACUCCUUUAUGUUUUAAUUGAAUUUGUACUUGAUAUUCGUAGACAAAUUCAUGAUCAUAAAAUAAAUAUAUAAACAACUUCAAGAGGAGCUAAAGAUGGUUCAAUUGAAACCAUUAAAUGGAGUGAUAUUCAAAUUGGAGAUGUUUUAUAUUUAAUUAAAGGAGAUAUUGUUCCUGCUGAUAUUAUACUCUUAGAUACUGGAUAGGUUAGAGAUCGAGAAGCUAUAUGUAUGGUAGAUACCUAAUAUUAUGAUGGCAAAUCAAGUUUGACUAAAAAGAAGUCAUCCUAUCUAACUUAAUUGAUUGUCUUGAGAACUAGAUUAAAGAAUUAAUUCCCAGAAUAUAGAAAGAUGUUAACUGGUAAAUUAGAAUAUGAAGCUCCUAAUGGAAAUACAUAAAGAUUUCAUGCUAGAUUGAAAUUAAAAAAAGAUCCAAAAAAUGAAGAAUUAACUAUAGAUAAUUUCAUUCCUAAAGGAACUAAAAUUAAAUAAACUUCAUGGUUAUUUGGUUUAGCUGUCUAUGUUGGUCACAAUACUAAAACAAUGUAAAGUAGUCAUUAUGGAGCAUAAAAAGAGAGUUUUGAAGAGAAAUAAUGUAAUUUUUAUACUUUUCUAAUGGCAUGUUUAUCUUUAUUUUUUACAUUAAUAUCUAUAAUUGUAUUAUUAGCUAGAUCAGAUGAAAAUAGUUUUGCUUUAAUAAUAGAUAAUUAUACUACUAAUGGUAUGAAAGUAUUUUAAUUGGCAAUAUUGUAUGCUUAAUUAAUUCCAGCUACUUUAUAUUUAUUAUUUGAUAUAGUAAAUUUCAUUUCAUUAUUUAAAUUUGAAAUUAAUCAAAUUGAAGAAAAUCUUGUAAAAUAUGUGAAAAUAAAUUCUUCAAAUAAUUUAUGUGAUUUAGGACAUGUUGAUUAUAUGUUAAUAGAUAAAACAGGCACAUUAACUACUUCUUAUUAUAAAUUAGAUAAUUUAUUAUUUGGUUAAUUAGCUUUUACUCUAAAUUAUGAUUAAUUAUAAUUGACAUUAAACUAAAAGUCAACUAAAUAAGAUGAUAUUGAAGAUCCAUAAAAAUUUGCAAGUAUAAAUGAUAAUAAUGAAUAUUUAAUACCAUUUGAAUAUGAUAAAAAAAGUAAUCAUACAACAGAAGGUUAAACAAGUGGUAAAUUAUUAUUAAAAAGUGUAAAAACUUCAAGUAAUAAUCCAAUUUUUAGUAAAAUAACUGCUCAACCAUAAAAUAAAAGAUUAACUUUUAUAAAUAUGGAUGCAUAAUAUUAAUAAUAAUAUCAAGAUUAUUCAUAGACAAGAAUGUUUUUACCUUAACCAAAACUUCGAAAUAGUCCAGGAAAUAAUAAUGAUGAAUUCAUGCAAUUAGUAAAUUAAUUGAGAAAUAGUUCUCCAUAAAAGGAAUAUUUAUAAACUAAAGAUAUAAAUACAUUAUAUUAUGAUGCUUUUUUGAAAUGUUUGAUGUUAUGUCAUGAAGCUAGACCAGUUUUUGGAGCAGAUUCAAUAACAUAUGAAUCAUUUUCAAAGAAUGAAGAGAUUUCAUUAACAUUUGCUCGUUCUUGUGGUUAUUAAUUAGAGAACUUUAAUAAAUUUGAUAGUCCAGAUAUGUAUUUAUGUAAAGUAAGAGGAAAUACAAUUUGGUAUCAAAUAUUAGGAUUAAAUUUAUUUACAUAUAAUAGAAAUUUAAAUUCUGUAGUUAUAUAAGUACCUAUGACUAUGGAUCUAGAAUUAGGUUUAGAACAUGAAGCUUUGAAUUAACUAUGUGGAGAAGGAUCUAAAAAUAAAUCAUUGUUAAUUUGUAAAGGAGAUUAUGAAGCUAUAAAAUUGAAAUUAUAAUUAAAUCAUAAAGAGAGAGAAGAAUUAGAUGCUUAUAUUCAACAUUAUAAAAUGAGAGGGAUAAGAAUGAUUGUUUAUGCAACAAGAGUUUUGAGUGAAAAAGAGACUGAAAAUUAUAAACAAAAAUUUAAUUUAUUGCAUAGUUCACUUACAAAUUAAGAUUUCUUAUUAGAGGAAUUGGCUUUGGAAUAUGAGAAAGAAUUAAAUUUAUUAGGAAUGAUAGGAUUUAAAGAGGAAUUAAAGAAUGAUGCAUUAGAUUUUAUAAGAACUGUAAAAGAGUGUAAUAUUAAUAUUUGGUUAUUAAGUGGAGAUUAAGAAGCAUAAACAAUUAGUUGUGCUUAGGCUUUGGAGAUGACAGAGACAUCUAAAUAUUUAAGGAUUGUAGCAACAGAUAAGGAAUAAUUAUGGUUAUAAAUAAAUACUGCAAUAGGAUAUAUAUAAAGUGAAUUAUAAAAAAUAUAAGAGAAAUAAUAAAUUAAACAAUAAGAGAAACAUUCAUAAUAAUCAAUGAGUAGAAGUAUGAUUAAAUCAAGUGUAACAUUAUUUGAAGGUGCAUCAUAUUAAUAAAUGUUAUAAUUUGUAUUAGUUGUUAAUGGACACUCUUUAUCAUUAAUAAGUGAAUCAGCAGAUAUGAUGAGUCAUUUUCGAUUCUUAUCAUGUGUUUGUAAGAGUGUAAUAGGGUUUAAUAUGAAUCCAUAAUAAAAAGAAUUAGCAUGCAUAACCAUAAAGGAUUAUUUUCCAAAUAAACCAACAAUUUUAGGAGUUGGAGAUGGUUACAAUGAUGCAUUAAUGAUGUAAGCUUCACAUAUUAGUAUUGAAAUAAUCAAUAGCAAAUUAAAUCAUAUAUAUCCAUAAGUAAAUGCUGGAGAUAUUAGUGUAAAUACAUUAAAAGAGAUAAAAGUAUUAUUACUAUAAAAGUGUAAAUUACACUCUGAACGUGUUUCUUCUAUGAUAAUAUAUUUAUUUUAUUGUGCAGGCUUUUUAGGUAUGACACUCUUCUUUUUUAAUUGGUUUUGUUAAUUUACAGCUACUUCCUUACAUGAUUCAAUGACUGUAUUUUUAUUCAUAUUUCUAUACACAACUCCUAAUGCAUUGGUUAUUGGAUUAGCUGAUUUAUAAACAAAUCAUUGGGUAAAUAAAAAGAUUCCUACUUUAUAUAUAGAUGGUCAAAUUAGAACUAGAAGAUUUGGACUUUAUUAUUUGAUAGAAGCAUUUUUGGAAUCAUUUUUAUCAGCAGCUUUUACUUUUUAUACAUGUACUUAUAUGAUUAAUUAUGCUUGGACCAAUGAUGGUCAUCAAAGUGAUUUAUAAAUGAUUGCAACAAGUGUCAUUUUUAUCAUAAUUACAGUAUCGACAUUAAAGGUUUUAUUUAGAUUGAUAAAACAUAAUGUUCAUAUAGCUAUUAUUGUAUCCUUAUUCACAUUUGGAUUAUUAGUUGGUUUUGUAUUUCUUAAUUAUAGAGGAAAAUUCAGUGAUUUUGAUUACUAAGAAUUAACUUAUCAAUUAUUUACUAGAUAUAAUAGUAUAGUUGCAAUGAUAUUUUGCUUAUUUGGAUGUUUCUUUAUAAAUUAUUUCCUUCAUGAUUUCAUUAAACUAAAUUUAUUUCCUACUGCCUAUUAAUAAUUUGCAUUUAUUAAUAAAGAUGGUACAUAAUGGGAAGAUACUACUUAUUAAUAAAUAGUCAAUUAAUGUUUUGAUCAACAUGUGUAAAUAUUCUAUUUAAAUUUAGUAAUGUCUCUACCAUAAUCUAAAAUGUAUUUAAUGAUUGUUCUACUACAUCUCCUUACAUAUCAGAAAUGCUUAAUCCUGGAGACACAAAAGUAACAGAAAUGAAACUCAAACCUUUAACUUUAGAAAUGAAAGAGUUAGUUCUUGAAUAAAAGUUUCUUGCUCAUAAAUUGUCUCAAUCACUUAAUCAUUUACGUUUCUUCUUAUGCAUUUUAUUACUUUAUUUCAUAGCAUAUUGUUUAACUGAUUUCUUUAUCAAUGAUCUUAGAAUAUUUACUGGAGUUUAUUAUUUGAUUAUCUUUGGCAUUGUAUUCUUAAUUUUAUUGUUCACAUUCACAUCAAUUAUGCAAUAAGAAUACUAUACUUAUUCACAUUUAACUGUUUUAAUAAUAUUUGCAAUUAAAAUUGCCAUUGAUUGGUUAUCAGAUGAUUUAACUAUUACUUUAUCUGCAACAUUAGUAAUUUUAUUUAGUACAUUUAAUUCUAUGAAUAUGACUGUUAUUCCUAUUAUGUUAUAUAAUAUCUGUUAUUUAAUAUAGUUAAUAGUAAGAAUAUUAAUUAUUGUUAUAUCAACUGAUUUAAGUACUUCAAAUGGAACAUAUUCAUAAAGUAGAAUAUCUGUCUAUGCUGCUAGUACUUAAAUAUUAUUAGUGAUAAGUAUUACUAUUAGAUUUUUAUUCACUUAUUAUAAAUCAAUAAAACAUAGAAGAAAUGAUUAUUUAGCCAAAUAUUCAAUUGAAUAAGAUAAUAUGACUGCAUAAGACAUUUUGAGUAUUCUUGUUCCAAGAUUUGUUAGACAAUAAAUAUCAACUGGAAUUUAUUCAAUGUAAGAAGCUUAAGAUGAUGUAUCAAUUUUAUUUGCUUAUAUUUGUGAUUUUGAUACUAUAAUGAAAGAAGAAGGUAAAAAUGUUGUAUUAAUGUUGGAUUCUCUAUUUAGAUUAUAUGAUAAUUUAUGCAUUUAACAUGGAGUAUAAAAGAUAGAAACAGUUGGAUAUACUUAUAUGGCAGCUACAGGAAUAAAGGCUUGUGAAUAGAAUAUGACUGCACAUGUUAUAAGAACAGAAAAAACUAUGAGAUUGGUCAAUAUGGCAUUUGAUAUGAUGUAAUAAGUAUAAGGGAGAAAAUAUGGAAAAGGUAAUUAAAUAGAAAUGAAGAUUGGUAUUCAUGUUGGAAGAGUAAUUGCUGGUGUUAUUGGACAUCAUAAACCAUAAUUUUCAUUAAUAGGUGAUCCAGUCAAUCAAACAAGUAGAGUAGGUUCUACAGGAGAUACUGGUGCAAUAACUUUGAGUGAAUAAGCUUUUAAAUAAGCCAGACAUGGCAUAAAAUAUUACUCAAAGAAAUAAAAGGAGGCUAAAGGAUUAGGAAUAAUAGAUACAUAUUAAGUUUAUAAAACUAAACCUCCAGGAUAUUAGAUACCUAAAGCAUUUCUACUUUGGUAGAAUUGCACAAAGGUAGUAGUAAAAGAGUUGAGAUAAUAGAGAAGUCAAAGGUAAAUUUAACCAAAAAAGGGUUAAUUCUUAUCCUAAUUGUAAAACUCUAUUUAUAUGGAUAAUAUGAAAUAAUCAAAUAGAUUAGAAAUAUCUCCUAGAGGAUAACAAACUGUUUAAUUUUUAUUACCUUAAAAUUCACCUUAAGAGGUAGAUAAUAAAUCUAGAUUAACUUUACCUAUAUAACCAUCAGAACCUGUAUUAACUGAUGAAUCUGUCUUUAUAACAAGUGAAUAAGAGGAAAAUGAUAAAUUAGAUUUAAUAAAACCUAAUAUGAUUUUAUAAAUACCUGAGAAUGAGAUUAAGAGCAAUUUCAAUUAAAUAUUGAAAGAAUAAAACCUGGAAGAAUCUAAAGUUGGUAUAGUAUUCUUAUGGAUUACAUACUUUGUAAUCACAUUAUUAUCAAUAAUCGUACGUAAACUAUUCAAAUAUGAUCUACUCAUCUUUGUAUUAAGAGUAUUAAUUCUAUUUUUAUUUAGGCAAUAUUUUUAAUCUUAAUCAUAGUGUUAUUCCCAAUUUUAUCAAAAGCCUAUAGAAAUCUAUUUGUUAAUCUGAUGUAUUAUCUCCUAUUAAUAUAUGCCAUCUUUACAGUACUUUAUUAAGCAUAUUUAACUGAUAAUUCAGAAGUGGCUAUUAUUUGUCUUUUGGAAAUAUUAUACAUAAUGAUUGUUACUUGUUAAUUGAAGAUGUUCACUUUCUUUUAAGUGAUAAUUUAUAUGUUCAUAAUGUUAGGGUUUUUCUUAGGAUUUUACAUAGCUUCUGACUUAGUAACUCAUUUUUCUAUAUUUUACAUUUGUUGUUGUAUGCUUAUCCUAUUAUUGGGUUAUUAUUUGGCUAUGAGAGAAUAGAUUCAGAUGUUUAAUAAUUUAUAAAUCAAUGAGGAUAAGAAAGUAAAAUAAAUUAAUUUGGUAAGUCAAUUAUUACCAAUGCAUUCUUAUUUGAAAAUGAAAAAUAGUUCAAUUUAUGACAAAAGUGAUUUUAUUGAUGAAUUUGAGGAUGUUACAUUAUUAUUUGCAGAUAUCAAAGGAUUUACUGAAUAUUCUCAUACUCAAUCUCCAGAAGGAGUUGUAACAAUGCUUAGGAAUCUAUUUACAGAAUUUGACAAAUUAUGUUAAAAAUAUAAUGUAUAUAAAAUGUAUACAAUUGGUGAUUGUUAUGUUGUUAUGGGAUUUACCAAUAGUGCCAAAAGAAAUGUAAAUAAAUUUUAAUAUUUAAUUAGCCAAUUUAAGAAGCCAUUAAUACAGUAAAAAUGGGAUUCUAGAUGGUUGAAAUCAUUAUGUAAGUUAGAUUGAAGAUUAAAUUUGAUAAACUUAAUAUGAGAAUAGGUAUUCACACAGGUCAAGUUACAGGUGGUAUUAUUGGUACAGAUAUUGUGAGAUAUGACAUUUAUGGCAAAGAUGUAUCAAUUGCUAAUAAGAUGGAAAGUAGUGGUGAAGAAGGUAGAGUGUAGAUUUCAUAAACUACUAAAUAAAUGAUUGAGAGAGCAGAAAAACAUCCAUUUAAAUUUAAAUUCCAUCAUGUAAAAAGUUCAUUUAUUUUAGGAUGUUGAAUUAAGUAAAUUUAAUAUGAGUACUAAAGGUUAUUUGGUAGAAUGGGAUAAAAUAAAGGAUGAGGCCAGUUAAGAAUAACUGUGAUACUUAAAUAUUUAAAAAAAAA